CGAGGGGUUCGUCAUCGCGGAGCGACGGCGGGGACGUCGCUGGCGGCCGCGGCUUGGCCUGGUGUCAUGGCGGCGGCCGCGGCGGCAGCGCCCAGCCCGCUCCAGCCUGGCGGCCACGCUCCGGAGAUCGGCGCCGACCCUGCGGCCUCGGAGGUGGCGAGCAGCGCCCUGCGCUCCUUGGCCGGGCUGGCGGGGCAGCUUAACGUUGGAGACGAUAUCGUGAAAGUUGUAAUCGAUUGGAGCAAGCUUCAAAGCACAUCAGCGCUUCAGCCAACCUUACUCUUUAGUGCACUUCAGCAGCAUAUUUUAUGUUUGCAGCCUCUUUUAGAAAAACUCCAGUCAUUGAUUAAAGAGGAAAAUAUAGGCCAUGUUGAACCUGCAGGUAAAACAGAAGGCCAAACUUGUGAAACAAGUUUAGAUGUUUAUGAUGGUAACUGUCAGACUGAAGAAAAGUAUGCAAGUUAUGACUUGGGAGAUCUGAAGGAUGCUCACAUUAAUUUUGAUCCAGAGGUGGUCCAAAUAAAAGCUGGAAAAGCAGAAAUUGACAGGCGGAUAUCAGCCUUCAUCGAGAGGAAACAAGCUGAGAUCAAUGAAAAUAAUGUCAGGGAAUUUUGCAAUGUUAUUGAUUGUAAUCAAGAAAAUAGCUGUGCCAGAACAGAUGCAAUUUUCACACCCUAUCCUGGAUUUAAAAGCCAUAUAAAGGUUUCUAGGGUAGUAAAUACAUAUGGACCUCAGACUAGAUCUGAAGGAGCACAUGGGUCCAGUCACAAAGCCAAUGUACCCAUUCAUGAUUGUGGAAACCAAGCUGUUGAGGAGAGAUUACAAAACAUUGAAGCACACUUACGGUUACAAACAGGUGGUCCUGUACCAAGAGACAUUUAUCAGAGAAUUAAGAAGCUUGAAGAUAAAAUCCUUGAGCUGGAAGGACUGUCUCCUGAAUAUUUUCAAUCUGUAAGCUGUUCUGGCAAGAGGAGAAAGGUUCAACCUCCCCACAACUAUUCAUUGGCUGAACUUGAUGAAAAGAUCAAUGCUAUAAAACAGGCAUUACUGAGGAAAACAAAAGAAAGCAAGUCCAAGGAGGCUGAGUGGCUUCUUCGAUAAAAAAAAAAAAAAAUCUUUUCAGAAUCCUCAUCGGGCUUUACACACACCUAAACCAUAGACCUGAGUAGUGUUCUCUGGGGAUGACUUUAGCAAUGAAAACAAAGCAUGCAUGUAAGCUCCUUUUGGAUGAUCUUGAAAGCUUGCUUUCAGAAGAACUCGUUUAAAAAUGGUCAUAUUAAUGAAAGUUAUUUUAAAAUGAAGAAUGUUUUAGGAAUAGCAUUCUAAUAAUCCAUUCCCUUCUGUUAUAAAGGAGGAUCGCAGCAUUGUUUGUAUGUGGAAAGUCUUAACCCACAUACAAAAGCUACAUUUCACAUGUAAUUCUUGAUGACUGAGUAUUUGAAAGGGUUGUCUUUUGAAUACUUUUCAUGUAAGUAGUUUGCAUAGACUUGUGAAAUAAAAUGAAAUACUUCCUCAUAAGUAAACUGUCUUAGGAAAAAAAUAAAUUACAAAACUCUUGCAGUAUGCAUGCUUACCUGCAUUUUUUCUGUAUUUGUCACUGUUUCCACAGCUGUUAGAAAUGCAGCAAAAUGCAUUUCUGUUUGAAAGAUGGUUAUAGAAAUCCUAAUAUGUGUAAAUAGAGACACCUGUUCUUCACUUCCUCAGUGUCCUGUAGGAAUUAAAACUUUAUACCUUGCUAACAAACUUAAUAUAUUCUAAAGACCACUCCAGGGGAGGUUUUGAGGAGAAUGCCAGCAGGCACCAGCUUCCCUUCUUCUAUAUGCAUGCUUACAUGACUUCUGAAGCAUGGAUGCUGGGUACGUAGUUUAAUUUAAAGUCAGACCUUUGGCCACACGCUGAAGUGUGAUUUUGUUUUAAAUAAACCAUUUUCUAUU